AUGAGGCCAGGGCAGGAGGGAUGGCCACACUGCUGUCCCACCUCUCCAAAAGCGGCUCAGCCGCCGCUAGGCUCUGCUGCUGUUUUUGGGAACCUCUCUACAGCUCCUCUGCGUGACGUUAAUGCAGUGUCAGCUGCUGCAGCCACCUCUUCGCAAGUGGACGCAUUGCAGCAUCAACAGGGUUCAUCGUUGGCUUCUUUGUGGGGGACUCCACGGCCGCGCCAACCUACCCCAAUUCCCACCGAUACGUUUCCGCGGAGACCAGGCUUCCCUCUUGGCUGUGCCGUGCAGAGGGCCGCUGAUGCGGUGCAUGCAGGGAGCACUGAACCCCCGAUAUUCCCUGACAUGCAUGCAUUUGAGGAGCCCUCAGCAUUUGGGGUCGGCAGAUGUGGCAGCGCUUCCUUAGAGGCGAUGAACUCAUCAUGGCUGGGUACCCACUCGCGUGGAUUUGGCUCUCCAGGAGUCUGUAGGUCACCAACAGCAGCCGCUGCUACAGCAAACAUUGGCGACAGGGCGCCAGCCAAAUCAGGCUCUUUCUGCCACUCCCCGCGGCCUCUUGGACCACUAGGGGAGGACAGAGAAACUGUGGAGGGGUGGGGCGCUAGCGGCUGGGGUGGCGACUGCGCUGGCGUUAAGCAGACCAGUGGUGAUGCCGCAACUAGCAAACUGUCUGCUGCCCUCCUAGGCUAUUUCCCCGAUGAAUUUUUGAGCCAUUUCGUCACGCAGCCAAUACGCAUGCAGCCACUCAUAAACAGAGGCUAUUAUUCACGAGUCGAGGCCAUUCGCCGUCUCAUUAAAUCGUUUUUAGAAGACGCUCAAAGCUUAGCCACCAAACGGCAGUCACGGCAGCCAGCCAGGGAGGCCGAAGCCGAAAUCUCUUGCAGUAAUCGGGAUGCCUCAGGCCAGUCGGCAACUACUGCUGUGGUUCCCCCAGUGGGCGCGAGGUGUACCUUUCAACCGCAGGAGAAUGCAGAGUGCGUGGGUCAGGAAAGGGAUAGCAUGAAUGGAAAGGGAGGCAACCCUAUUGCCCAAGUUGUCAACAUAGGAGCUGGGGCAGAUACUACUGCUUUCUUUCUGGCGCGCCAAGGCAGCACAGUUGCGUUUGACAUUGACUUUCCAGAUGUUUGUCAGGAAAAAGCGGCGGUUAUCCGGCGGGUUCCGGAGUUGCGCGAGUGCGUUGGCGCGCCCUGUCAGUCAACAGCAAUUGUCGACUCUUGUGUACUGCGCACGAAAAGCUAUCGCUUGGUCGCGGUGGACAUGCGAGAUGUGAACGCUCUGAAAGCGGCAAUGAAGAAUGCAGGCUUAAGGGAAGAUCUGCCAACCCUCUUUCUAUGCGAAUGCGUGCUUAUUUACCUUCGUAUUGAAGAUGCAGAUGCGGUGCUGCGCUGGGCAUCUGCAGCCGUGCCGCUAGCCCCUAGCGCCCUCAUCAUAUACGAGCAGUUUAAUCCAGACGACCCUUUCGGCCGCAUGAUGGUCCGCAACCUGCAAAUGCGCAACUGCCCGCUGCUGACUAUAAGGAAGUACCCUACGCUGAACUCACAGCGGGAACGGUUUGCUGAACAAGGCUGGCCCGAGUGCAGCCUUGCGGACAUGCGGAGAGUUUACGAUAAAUUUCUCCCCGAGUCCGAAAGAAACCGCGUGCAGGCUCUAGAAAUAUUUGAUGAGCUGGAGGAGUGGUGGCUAAUUCAGAAUCACUACUUCCUGGGUGUCCUCUUGCGCCCGGCGCCUCCCCAGGUGGGAGGGUCAACGCUUAGCAGUCUGGUUGGCGUGUUCGAACGAGGUGACGAACAGUGA